CUUCACACUUGGUAUACUUCUUCCUCUUUCUCUCUCUCUUAUCCCAUCAUGUCUGCCUCGUGUUCGGCGCUGAGACGGCUGACCCACAGGUCUCCCCGCACUUUCCAGUCCCGCAUUGUUUCCGUCUCCAGACCGGGCGCUUCUUUCGUUUCUCGCUCUCCUCUAUCCUCCGUCAAUUCCUCAACCCCCCGUACGUCUCGCUUCUCAACCAUGGCCUCCCUCCAGCAUGCAGCAGCAGCCCCCGCCGCUCCGGUGGACAAGUCCUACGACCCCGAGAUCAAGGACAUGGCCGACUACAUCCACAGCUACAAGGUCGACUCCGAUUUGGCGUAUGAUACCGCGCGAUUGGUUUUCCUCGAUACCCUAGGAUGUGGGUUGGAAGCCCUCAAGUUCAAGGAAUGCACCAAGUUGCUGGGCCCCAUCGUCGAGGGCACGGUGGUUCCCAACGGUACCCGGGUGUUCGGUACCCCCUACCAGCUCGACCCGGUCAACGGUGCCUUCAACAUCGGUGCCAUGAUCCGUUGGCUUGACUACAAUGACUGCUGGCUGGCCGCCGAGUGGGGUCAUCCGUCCGACAACCUCGGUGGUAUCCUGGCCGUUGCCGACUGGGUUUCUCGCACCAACCGCGCCGGUGGCAACGUGGCGGGUGGUAAGAUCUUUACCAUCAAGGACGUCCUGGAGGCCAUGAUCAAGGCCCACGAGAUCCAGGGUGUGCUGGCGCUCGAGAACUCGUACAACAAGGUCGGGCUGGACCACGUGGUGCUGGUCAAGGUGGCCACCACCGCCGUCGUCUCCAAGAUGCUGGGAUUGAACGAGAAGCAGACCGCCGACGCCAUCACGCAGGCGUGGGUGGACGGACAGAGUCUCCGAACCUACCGUCACUCCCCGAACACCAUGUCGCGGAAGUCCUGGGCUGCGGGUGAUGCCUGCCAGCGGGCCGUCAACCUGGUUUUGAAGGUGCAGAAGGGCGAGAGCGGACUGCACACCGUUCUGUCGGCUCCCGUCUGGGGAUUCUACGACGUUCUGUUCAAGGGCAACAAGUUCCAGUUCCAGCGUCCGUACGGCAGCUAUGUCAUGGAGAACGUUCUGUUCAAGGUUUCUUAUCCUGCGGAAUUCCACUCGCAGACUGCUAUUGAGGCUGCUCAGAUCAUCAACAAGAAGCUGGCGGCCAUGGGCAAGAGCGCCAAGGACAUCAAGGAGAUUACCAACCGCACGCACGAGGCCUGCGUCCGCAUCAUCGACAAGCAGUUCAAGGCGAUGGACAACUUUGCCGACCGUGACCACUGCGUUCAGUACAUGGUGGCCACUAUGCUGGCAUUUAAUCGACUGACGGCCAACGACUACACCGACGGAUCGGAGGCCGCCACUUCUCCCCUGGUCGAGACCCUUCGCCAGCGCAUCCGCUGCGUCGAGGACCCCCAGUUCACCAAGGACUACCACGACCCCAGCAAGCGUACCAUCCCCAACGCGCUGACGGUCACUCUGAAUGACGGCACGGUGCUGGAGGAGGUCUCCGUGGAGGCACCUCUGGGUCAUCGUCUGCGUCGCGAGGAGGCUAAGCCCGAGAUCCUGGACAAGUACAAGCGCCACCUGCAGGCUCACUUCGACCAGGCUCGCAUCGACCAGCUGGUUGAGCUGGGCCAGAACAAGGCAGCCAUCGAGGGCUACGAGGUGGACAAGUACGUUGACUUGUACGUGACGGACAAGAUCGCCACCGCGUGAGGCAGAUGCAAGACGGAGAUGUAAUGAACAAUCAACGGUAGAAUGUUGAUGGAUGUAUGAAUUUAGGCGUAUAUAUCAGAUGCCAUGCAGUAGAUUUACUGAUUAUGAUUUACC